AGACGUAACAUGAGGUGAAUUUAUUAUCAAGAAAUUUGUCUCAAUAUUUUAAAAUGUUUAGUUUAAGAAGUAAGUUAUGUACAGCGCAGUUAAAUGGCAUUGCGCAAAAAUUGUACUGCAGCACAACUGCGAUCUCAGAUAGAAUAAACAAACUUGUUAAAGACAAAAAGGUGGUAGUUUUCAUGAAAGGUGUUCCUGAAGCCCCCAAAUGUGGUUUCAGCAAUGCAGUGGUUCAAAUUAUGAGGAUGCACGGUGUGGAAUAUGAGAGUCAUGACGUAUUAAAGGAUGAUGUUUUAAGACAAGGUAUUAAGGAUUUCUCCAAUUGGCCGACUAUUCCACAAGUUUAUAUUUCUGGAGAAUUUGUAGGGGGUUGUGACAUCAUGUUGCAAAUGCAUCAAUCUGGAGACUUAAUAGAAGAACUAAAGAAAGCAGGCAUUAAAAGUGCUUUACUCACAAAAGAAGAAGAAAACAAAUAAUUUUAAAAACAAAAACUGUAAUUAUUAAAAGUAAAUUAUAUAGACUGUUUUAAAUUCAUCUCUUGAUUUAUAUGAAAACAUACAAGCAAGUAAUAC